AUGACACUCGAACUCAUUCCGAACGGCGAUCUAGUCUUCAAAGGUCCGUUUAAUACCGUUUCAACGACAACAUUGAAAUUGUCCAAUAGCGGAAAUGAACGCUUGGCUUAUAAAAUAAAAACAACCGCACCGAAACGUUAUUGUGUCAAACCAAACAGCGGUUUUCUCGAUCCUCAUGUAUCAGCUAGUGUUCAAGUUAUGUUACAACCACAGCCAGCUGGUCAACAAGAUGAUCGUAAUAAACAUAAAUUUAUGGUACAAUGGGUUGCAGUACCUGAAAGUAAUACUGACGACGUAGAAAGCUUCUGGAAACAAGAUUUAACUAAGCUGAAUGCACAUGACUCAAAACUGAAAUGUGUUUUUGCUGACGAAGCGCCAGCUGCUGUCGUACCAAAUGAUUCGUACGGACACAAAGAUUCAGAUUUAACAACAGCACGAGUUGCGGACUCCAAACCUGUGAAUGAUAACCGUAUUCAACAACAGAUGGAUAAGAACGAUUCAUUAUCAAGUCAUAAUCAACGAUUCUCUGCAAAUACAUCACGUGAUACGAAUGUCGCUCAAAACCAAUAUAAAGAUACUGGCGAUGAUUCAAAUAAAUCUCGACUCAAACAAGAAUUCGAUCGUUUGAAAGAAGAAAAUGAUAGAUUAAAACUUGAUAUUCAACAUAUGAAACGAAAGGAUCAAAUAAAACAACAAGAAUUACGACAGAGAAACACAGGUAACGAUCGCAUCGAUAAUCCUGUUGUUGAUCGAUUCAAACCCAGCCAACAACAACAAAAAGGUCUCGUUCUUUUCGGCGUACCUUUAACUGAACAACUCGUCCUCGUGGCUUUCGUUCUUGCAUUAAUAUUCGGCUUUUCACUCGGUUAUUUUCUCUUUUCCUGUGGAAAUUAA